UAGACAGAGACUUAUGAACUGCUGAUAUUUAAACCGCCAGUUCACAGGUGAGGAGGAGAAGGAAAGGGGGGAAAAGAUGGCGAGUCAUCUCCGAGUUUUCUGCAUUGGAACGGCUGAUACGAAGUUUGAUGAGCUCCGAUUCCUCUCCGACUCCGUUCGAUCCAGACUCAACAACUUUUCCGCACAAUCUUCCCCCCAGGUAGAGGUGACGGUGGUUGAUGUUUCCACUGGGAAGAAGGAGAUAGAGAGCUUUGGGGAUUUUAGUUUUGUGUCGAGGAGGGAUGUUCUUUCAUUCUAUUCUCAAUCAGGGGACCACUCUGCCACCUCGCUUCCUGAUGACAGGGGCAAAGCUAUAGGCAUAAUGAGUAAAGCAAUUGGGAUUUUCCUAGAGAAAGUCCACAAUGAUCGUGCUUGUGCAGGAGCUAUUGGACUUGGGGGUAGUGGAGGAACUGCUUUGCUAUCAUCUGCCUUCAAAUCUCUUCCAAUGGGAAUACCAAAGGUCAUUAUAUCAACGGUAGCUAGUGGUCAGACUGAACCUUAUGUUGGAACAUCAGAUCUGGUAUUGUUUCCUUCAGUUGUGGAUAUUUGUGGCAUUAACAGUGUAAGUAGAGUUGUCCUGUCAAAUGCUGGGGCUGCUUUUUCUGGAAUGGUGAUAGGAAGGCUUCAAGAGUCUUCUUCUCUCAAGAAUGAUAAGUUCACAGUUGGCAUAACCAUGUUUGGGGUUACAACUCCUUGUGUAAAUGCUGUUAAAGAAAGACUGGUUAAAGAAGGCUAUGAGACCCUAGUUUUUCAUGCCACUGGUGUUGGGGGCAGGGCUAUGGAGGAUCUAGUUAGAGCGGGCUUCAUAAAGGGUGUUUUGGACAUCACAACAACUGAAGUUGCAGAUCAUAUUGUUGGUGGGAUCAUGGCUUGUGACUCUUCACGCUUUGAUGCCAUUUUGGAGAGGAAUAUCCCCAUAGUUCUAAGUGUAGGAGCCUUGGAUAUGGUGAAUUUUGGCCACAUAAAUACCAUACCUUCUAAUUUUCAGCAAAGAAAAAUUCACAAACACAAUGAUCAGGUUUCUGUGAUGCGAACUACAGCAGAUGAAAACAAGAAAUUUGCUGCUUUUAUAGCAAACAAAUUGAACAGGUCAUCAUCAAAGAUCUGUGUUUGCCUCCCAGAGAAGGGAGUUUCUGGUUUGGAUGCACCUGGGAAGCCCUUUUAUGAUCCUGAAGCUACUGGUGCUCUCAUUAAUGAAUUAGAAAAUCUUAUUCAGACAAAUAAAGAUCGUAAGGUUAAGGUGGUUCCCUAUCAUAUUAAUGACCCAGAGUUCAUAAACGAAGUGGUUAGCUCAUUCUUAGAGAUUUGUAGCGAUUCCAGUGGCACCAUUGAUCAGCAAACUUCUGUGAAACCUAAUCUUGACCUCGAAAAGGGGUCUGCUUCUGAGAUGAGCAUGUCAGGUCAUGGCACAAUUUCUUACAGCUUAAGUAACUUCCCCAAUGCAAAGCCAGAGACUUUGCGGAGAACAAGAGUCAUAAUACAGCAACUGAAAGAUCAAAUAAGAGCAGGCAAGCCCAUUAUAGGGGCAGGUGCUGGGACAGGCAUAUCGGCAAAGUUUGAGGAAGCUGGUGGUGUUGAUCUGAUAGUCUUGUAUAAUUCAGGACGCUUCCGAAUGGCAGGAAGAGGUUCUUUAGCAGGUUUGCUACCUUUUGCAGAUGCUAAUGCAGUGGUGAUUGAUAUGGCCAACGAAGUCUUGCCUGUGGUGAAAAAGGUGCCAGUUCUUGCAGGUGUAUGCGCCACUGAUCCUUUUCGCCAAAUGGAUUUCUUUCUAAAGCAGUUGGAAUCAAUAGGAUUUUAUGGGGUUCAAAACUUUCCCACUGUAGGACUCUUUGAUGGCAACUUUAGACAAAAUCUGGAAGAAACGGGAAUGGGAUAUGGCUUGGAGCUUGAGAUGAUUGGAAAAGCUCAUAAAAUGGGCCUGUUAACAACCCCUUAUGCCUUCAACCCAGAUGAAGCCGUUGAAAUGGCAAAAGCUGGUGCUGAUAUCAUUGUAGCACACAUGGGUCUUACAACUUCAGGGUCAAUUGGUGCCAAAACAGCUGUGUCAAUUGAAGAAAGUGUAGUUCGUGUUCAAGAUAUUGCUGAUGCUGCUCAUAGGAUCAAUCCAGAUGCUAUUGUGCUCUGUCAUGGGGGUCCAAUAUCUGGUCCAAAAGAGGCGGAAUUUGUGCUAAAGAGAACCAGUGGAGUCCAUGGAUUCUAUGGUGCAUCAAGCAUGGAGAGGCUACCUGUUGAACAAGCUAUAACAGCCACAGUUCAACAAUACAAAUCAAUUCCUUUGAAGUGAAAUUCAGUGUUUGAUGUUUCUGGAGACUACAUAUUGAGCUCACGGGCUGAGCCUACGUUGGAUACGGGCACACAAACCUUGCCCAGGUUUGGUGGCUUGGGAUCAUUAAAUGUGACCUAGCUCGAUCCAUCAUCUUCAAAUUCGAUAUUACUCUGUUAAAGGUCUGAUAUUGUCUACAAAAUGUCUUAGGCUAAUGAGUAUAGAGCAUUCAUAAUUCAGCAAUUUCUUCACAAUGAGAUAGAUUUACAGGAUCGGAGAUUUCCCUAGUCUUUUUCAAGCUAAGGGCGAUAAAGUGAUUGGGCAGCCGCUCCUCAAUCUAGGAAUAUGAGCUUUCCUCUCUAGAGAUGCAUCAAGAUCAUCAACUCUCCACCUACGGAAAAUUGUAAGCGAAGUUCAAAGUUCAAUUUACAGCAGCAGAAAACAAAUUGUAGAAGACGACAAUGGAGCUUCUAUGUUAUUGAUCCGACUCACUUGUAUCCACUGGCGAGUCGGUGCAAGAACACCAGCAUCGUGACUUUAGCCAUGUUCAUUCCCAGGCAUGUUCUUGGCCCUGACCCAAAUGGUAUAAAACUGUAUGGUUUCUGCAUUUCCUGCAUACACAUGAAACAUUUUAAGCUUUGCAUCGUUGACGUAAAAAAUUGAACCCGAAGAAUGUUCUCGGUGUGAUACUGGAAAGGAGAAAUUCGAAGCAGAGAAAAAACUUGUUACAUCAAA